AUGAGACGACGAAGAAAGAAUCCACAUCCGAAAAGAGCGGUGAACGCGAGGACGGUUUUGAAGUGUGAUAUAUUGGAGGAGAGGGGAGGAGAAGAAGAAGAGAAAGAAGAGCAACCACCGGUGUUGUGUUUGAAGAUUCCGGACGAGGAUGAAGUCGUUUUUGAAAUCUUCGAGCAAAAGGAGAUGCGAAAAGAAAUGACGACGACGACUAAAGGAGUGAAGAGAAAGAAAACCCAACAACACGAGUGCGAUGUUUGCGAGAAGGUGUUUGGAUAUUCAUCCCAAUUGGCCGUACACAUGCGUACGCACACGAACGAGAGACCGUACGAGUGUGGUGUGUGCGAGAAGCGUUUUCGUGAUUCCUAUGCUUUGAAAAUCCACAUGCGUAUUCACACGAACGAGAAACCGUACGAAUGUGAUGUGUGCAAGAAGCGUUUUACUCAAGCUGGUGGUUUGCAAACCCACAUGCGUAUUCACACGAACGAGAAACCGUACGAGUGUGAUGUUUGCGAGAUGAAGUUUCGUCAUUCUAAUGCUUUGAAAAUCCACAAGUUUCGUCAUUCUAAUGCUUUGAAAAUCCACAAGCGUAUUCACACGAACGAGAAACCGUACGAAUGUGAUGUGUGCGAGAAGCGUUUUAGUGAAUCUAGUAAUUUGCAAAGCCACAUGCGUAUUCACACGAACGAGAAUCCAUACGAGUGUGAUGUGUGCGAGAAGCGUUUUACUACAUCUGGUAAUUUGACAAACCACAUGCGUAUUCACACGAACGAGAAACCGUAUGAAUGCGAUGUUUGCGAUAAAGCUUUUCGUCAACUUGGUAAUUUGAAAGUCCACAUGCGUAUUCACACGAACGAGAAACCGCACGAGUGUGAUGUGUGCGAGAUGAAGUUUCGUCAUUCUAAUGCUUUGAAAACGCACAUGCGUAUUCACACGAACGAGAAACCGUACGAAUGUGAUGUGUGCGAGAUGAAGUUUCGUCAAUAUGGUACUUUGCAAAGCCACAAGCGCACUCAUAAUUAG